ACUUUAUGUAGUCAAAAUUAUCAGUAUCUCCUAACAUAUUCAAUAGUACUCUCGGCGCACUCAACAUGGCUGGGCGAAGUGAUGAUCAGAGAGAUUAUGGGCGAAGAAAACCUCUACCGACGGAACCACCUUAUAAGGCAUAUGUUGGUAAUUUGCCUCAAGGAACCAUUCAAGGAGAUGUCAACAACAUAUUUGUUGAAUUAGACGUAAAAUCAGUACAGUUAAUUAUGGACAGAGAUACUGAUGAAUUCAAAGGAUUUGGCUAUGUCGAGUUUGGGGAUCUCGAAAACUUGAGACGUGCUUUAGAUCUAGACGGCAGAGUAUUUGUAAACGGUUGUAUGAUCAAGAUUGAUGUAGCGGAAGCUAAAAGGAGUGAACGAGGAAGAGGAGGCGGUGGUGGCGGCGGUCGAGGUGGCUUUCGAGGAGGGAGGCCAAGUGAUCGUGACAGAUUCAAUGACUUUGGAGGUGGUGGUGGUGGUGGCGGAAGCAGAGACUGGAACAGGGGUCCACCUGUUGGCAGAAGUGGACCACCACCACCCCCUCCAAGUGGAAGUUUUGGUGGUAGACCACGGCAAGAGGAGAGAAGAGGGCCACCACCUGUGGAAGAGAUACGACCCAAUCCAGAAGACGCUGCUCGUCGACCAAAGUUAAUGCUGAAGCCAAGAACUGUAAAAGAUCCGCCCAAUCAAUUAGCAGAGACUAGUCAGGCAUCAAAAAUAUUUGGUGGUGCAAAACCACGAGAAGAAAAAAUUCUUAAGUAAUAAAAGUUAAUGUAAAUUAAGUCAAAUGCAUCUCUAAAUGUAAAUGGCUGAGCUGUAUGCAGCAGGUGAGAUUACAACUUAGUCAUUUUGUUAUGAUUUAGUGACCCUUCCCAUUCUGAUGUAGUGUUCGAAAGCCAUUUUUAUUCUAAGUAAUAGUUUCCUUUCUGUGCAGUCUUUUAAUUUUUGAUGACUUUAUUUAACUUCAGCUAAGAUAAUUAAGGCAGAUAUUGAAAUUUGAAUGCUUUGUUCGCAAAAAACAUGGUAAGAUAACUAUAUUUGAAAUGUGAAUGUUGUAUCCCAGAUUUUGCUCUUGGUUGUCUACAUUUUGCGAAAUGUAACAAUUACUCCCCACCCUGUUGUUUGAAGCACUGAGUAACAUGAUUUUAAUUUUGCCCUUUUUUAAGAGAAUUUUGUGAUUUCUUACUGAGUGUAAAUAAGUAGCUAAUAAAGUCGAUGGCGGAUUGCAUUUGAAAAUUAAUUUGUUGCUGCACAUUAGUAAAAUAUAUAUAUAAUAGAGCAUGCCAUUUCAUCUCUUUAUUGAAACUGAGUCUUGUUUUACUAAAAUUAGUUGCUGCCUGUGCACUAAAGAACUGUGAUUUACGUUGUGGAGCUGGUUGGAAGAUAGUUUCUUGUUUGAAAUUGCAGUUUUAGAACAUUUGCGUGUUCUCUUCUAAUGUAGAACAUUACAUUAAAAUUUUUACGAGAUGUUUGUAUAUAACCAGUCUUAAAACUACAGAAUGAAGAAAAAUAUAUUGCUUGUAAAAAAAAAAAUUAAACAGUGCCACGAUAUAUUGAUAAUGAAAAAUAAUUUUUUUAAUAUUAUGAUUGGGCUGUGAGUAUUUCUUCCAAAAAGCCUCCUAUAUUGCAAGCUAAGUACAACCCUUUAAUGAACUAUCUUGCUGUUAUGUUUGUGGAGCUGCAGGGAUGCUGAAUGAGGUUUUCAUGUGUGGUUGAUGUCAGAAUUUUCUGUAUUUAAGUCUUCAUUUUCUGGAACUGCUUUCAGUAAAUUAAUCUCCCACAAAAACAUAUGGUUUUUAUGUGGUUUAUUUACCUUUCUGAUAAUUUUACCAGUGACUUUUCUGCUUUCUCAGCUGCAGACUGAGUUAGUCAUAUGGUAUGAACUUCAGAAAUUAUGGAAGAUAAAUUUUGUUUUAAUGGUUCAGUGUAUUUCUUGGUUAAGUGAUUGUCAUUUUUGUAUUGUCAGUUUUAUGGCAUUAAAUGAGUAGUUCCCAAUAUAA